AUGAAAAAGAGUCUCUUCUUGCGCAUUGUAGAUGGUCUCGGUCAGUGGUCUCCAUAUUUUACUCAAAGGUCAGAUUGUCCUGGUCGAACAGGCCUUUCUCCACUUCAAAAGUGCACUGCAGCCAUGCGCAUGCUAGCAUAUGGCACCCCUGCAGAUGCCCUUGAUGAGUACUUGAAGAUUGGGAAGUCUACUGCAUUAGAGUGUUUAGAUAAAUUUGCACAAGGGGUGAUUGAGGUGUUUGGUGGGAAGUACAUGCGACGCCCCACACAAGAGAAUCUUGAGCAUAUACUUCAGGUCAAUGAAUCACGUGGCUUCCCUGGAAUGCUUGGAAGCAUAGAUUGCAUGCACUGGCGGUGGGAGAAGUGUCCAUUAGCAUGGAGGGAACAAUUCAACCGUGGUGAUUAUGGAGUACCAACAAUGGUAUUAGAAGCUGUUGCUUCACAUGAUCUCCAUAUUUGGCAUGCUUUCUUUGGAGUUGCUGGAUCAAACAAUGACCUGAAUGUGUUCAAUCGAUCCCCACUGUUUUUAGAUGCAUUGAAAGGGACAGCCCCUGAAGUUAAGUUUUCAGUCAAUAGAAAUGAUUAUAGCACGGGUUAUUACCUUGCUGAUGGUAUAUACCCAGAAUGGGCUGUGUUUAUGAAGACUAUACGACUUCCUCAAACAGAAAAGGAGAAGAUGUUUGCUAGAUUCCAAGAAGGGGCAAGGAAAGAUGUGGAGCGUGCAUUUGGGGUAUUGCAGUCUAGAUUUAGCAUUGUUCGUCGCCCUGCACGUCUAUGGAAGAGAAAAAGUGUUGGUAGGAUCAUGCUAGCUUGUGUGAUUCUACACAACAUGAUAGUUGAAGAUGAGAAGGAUGAGGUUACCAUUCCCAUCGACUUGAAUGAGAACCCUGGG